AUGAGAAGUGCAGUGCAGUUGUUAACUCAGUUGGUGACCUCUCAGGCCCAACGUCAGGCCCCUGCCACAUCAGAUAAAGCACGGACUUUAGGAGUGAUGCAUACCACUGAUAUGGAGUCCAUAGAGCUUGCCUCUUACAGAUUGAGUGAUAUAGUUGUUAUAUGGUAUGAGGCUUGGGAAAAAUCUAGGGGACCUCUUGCCCCAGCAGCAGGAUGGAGGGAAUUUUCAAAGGCAUUCAUGCAGCAGUAUAUGCCUGUUGAACUCCGCCGAGCUAGACAAGAUAGAUUCUUGAUGUUAGAGCAAGGUAAUAUGAGUUUCUGGGAGUACAUCGUGCAAUUUAACUCCUUGGCUAGGUAUUCUCCAUCGGUGGUGGCCGAGAUGAGUGACCAGGCCUAUGCACAGAACUUGGAAAAUCGUAAGAGGAUACAACGAGCUACUCGAGAACAAGACCAGGAUCAAUCUAAGAGAGACCGAUCUAUAGGUGAUAUAGGAGAGUCACGAGAUCCAGGUUCCACCCUGUCAUAUAUUACCCCAUUUGUCGCAAGUAAAUGUGGUAAAGUACCUAAAUUGCUACGACAACCGUUCGAAGUAUCCAUGCCGGUGAGCGAGUCUGUGGUAGUCAGACAAGUGUAUGGAGGUUGCGAUGUGAUCAUUCAUGAUUAUCCUACCUUGGCUGAUUUGAAUGAAUUAGAAAUAAUAGAAUAUGGUGUUAUUAUGGGAAUGGAUUGGCUGGCCUCUUGUUAUGCUACAGUUGAUUACUGGAGGAAAGUUGUUCGUUUCAACUUCCUGGGAGAGCCUGCUAUCGAAUGGAUGAGCGAUGUUACAAUCUUGGGUAUUCCACCCGAGAGGGAGAUUGAGUUUUUUAUCGAUGUGCCACCGAAUGCGCAAUCGAUAUCAAUUCCCCCGUACAGGAUGGCUCCUGCCGAGAUGAAGGAAUUGAAAGAUCAGUUGAAGGAACUUCUCGAUAAAGGCUUUAUUAGACCUAGUACUUCCCCGUGGGGAGCUCUGGUGUUGUUUGUUUGCAAGAAAGAUGGAUUAUUGAGGAUGUGCAUUGAUUACCGAAAACUAAAUAAGUUAAGGAUCAAAGAGGAGGAUAUUCCGAAGACAGCCUUUCGGACCAGAUAUGGCCAUUACGAGUUUCUUGUUAUUUCUUUUGGCCUAACCAACGCACCAGCGGCCUUCAUGGAUAUGAUGAAUCGAGAAUUUAGGCCAUUCAUGGAUAUAUUUGUGAUCGUAUUCAUUGACGAUAUUUUGGUGUACUCUCGAAUGGAGGCAGAGUACGCAGAGCAUUUGGGAAAGGAUCUACGCAUACUCCGGGAUCACAAGUUGUACGCCAAAUUUUCUAAGUGCGAGUUCUGGUUAAACUCGGUGUCUUUCCUUGGGCAUAUAGUAUCCGGUGAGGGUAUCAAAGUUGAUAGUCAAAAGGUUGAAGCAGUCAAGAAUUGGACAAGGCCCACAACUCCUACCGAGGUACGCAGCUUCUUGGGCUUGCCGGUUACUACCGAAGGUUUGUGGAAAAUUUCUCAUUAUAGCUCCUCCAUUAAGAAAGUUGACGCAUAA